AUUUUUUUGUUUUUACUCAUUUUUGCUAACUUGUGGCCUUACUUUUUUAGCUAUGGUGACCAAGACCACCGAGGCCUGGUCGUUGGAGUUCGAUUCCUUGAUAUAUGAGGGAAUGUUCAAGACAACUGUGAAGGUCAAGCCCACCCUCUGUCACCUACCAGCUCUAUAUAAGACAGCAAGAGGGCCUGAUGAUAAGGAGCUGCUCUCAAGACAAGUCUGACCAUGCAGUGUAAAGUCCUCGUCUAUGUGGUCUUGCUGCACCUCAUAAACAAUGUGUUCUCUGCUGACAUACAAGCCAGACCGAAUACAAAUGCCAGCCUCCCCUGCAACGUGACCCUGAAGCUGGACGAAGUGGACCAAGCUCUGGUCGAAGUCAACUGGGUGAGCAACGGCUCAGGCGUCGCCUCGUUCAAGAAUGCGACCACGCACAUAAAAGAUGGCUUCUUUUGGACCACGGGCCAUUUCCGCAAUGGAGACUUUUCAGUGAGCGUCCUCGGUGUCAGCCUGAGCCUGCAGGGGGUGUAUGAAUGCACAAUCCGCUACAAUUCCACAGUGCUGCACUCAAGCACGGUUACACUCAGCGUCAUCGCGUCCCCAUCUGUGUCAAUACCCCAACAAUGGAUGGUGUUGGAGGCAGAGAGCCAGCUCAAAUGCCACGCAGAUGGCUUUUACCCUCCACCUGUGUCAUUCACCUGGACCAGAGACGGCCAAGUCAUUCAGCCCACCCAGCAGCUUGAUGGUGACAAGACCCCUGACGGAUUCUACGCGGCUACUGCCAACCUCACCUACUACGCAUCCCGAGGGGACCAGAACGUGACCUUUGGCUGCAAAGUGAACCACAAUGGCACCAACCAAGAGCUCCGUUUUCAGCUCAACAUAACCUACUCCCCCACUGUCAGACUCUCAGCCAUCCCGUCGCCCUCCAGCAACAGUCCUCUCACCCUCUACUGCCACGUGGAGAGCUUCUACCCGGAGGAGAUGACCGUAUCCUGGCUGCAAAAUGGCACAGUCCUCCCUGAUCCGCCCGGCACCGAGCAGAAUCCGGAUGGGACGUUCAGAACCACACGCUACUUCACUUUGAGCCAUGAGCAGAGGUGGAGAGGCGGGGAGGUAGAGUGCGCAGUCAACCAGCCCGGCGUUGUGCAGCCGGCCCGGGGCUCAGCGUACCUGGAAGAGCUGGAUCCCCAAGAUGAGGCGCCAGUGCUCACUAAAUCUGCUAAGGCAUCCGUGGCAAUGAUGUGUAUCUCCCUGGUGCUUGUCUUCCUGUUGUGCUUCGGCUUUUCUUGGAGACGAAGAGAUGAGAAGCAGAAAUCUCUGGCGGUGUCGGGAAUCAUCCUCCCUCCUCGCGUCGUCGUGGGUCAAAAGGGCAGGGUGAGCGUGAGCAUUGAAGGCAGGAGGGUGGACCGAGUCCAGACCGCGUGGUUCCUCAAUGACACGCCUAUCUUCGACACCUCCUUCACGGGGACCUCCAGAGCAAACUUUAACUGCCUCUAUAACCCACUAACCACCAUCCAUCUGCCCUACGGCCUAACUCUCACCUCCCCAGCACCGGAAAAGGGUCCUCUGCUUCCCUCUAGUGGAGAGAUGGGUUACUACAAGCUGCACUCCCAGGGGCCCCUGCACUCCUCCGGAAGUGGCGUCCAUCAGCUGAUCUCCUCGCUGACCUUCAUCCCGCAAAUCUCUAUCCACAAAGGAGCCGUGUUUAAGUGUCAGGUGUCCUACGCCGGCAAAGACAAGAUUGUGAUGGAGAGAGCGUCAGAGAGGUUUACAGUUCUGUCUGCACCAGAGGUAUCCGAAAUUCAGCUGGCGGAGACACCAAACAACUCAGAGGUCAUUUGUAUGACCGUGCGUGCGUCCCACUUCCACCCAGAUGUCAUCACCUUUCGCUGGUUCUGCCAAGGGGGAGAGCUGAGCCCAGUGGCUUCCCAGGCCUCAUCGUCCCCUCGACCCAAUUCCGAGGGCUUCUUUUCAGCCUCCAGUCAGUGCAAACUGCCCCGAACUGAAUUAGAACAGGGAGGCACCAGAGUGUGGGUCAGCGUCCAUCACAUCGCCCUCAAGCAGCCGGUCACUCGGGAGACCAGAGGCUUCAUCAAGCAGCCACGCGUGUCCGACAUCUCGUACGCCACCUCUGCAUCCGACCCGAUGCUGAACCUGGGGUGUGAGAUCACCGAUUUCUACCCGCCCGACCUCACAGUCACUUGGCUGAAGGUGCGAGGGGGCGAGCGAGACGACAGCGAGGACGAGGUGAUGGAGGGCGCGGAGCUGUGGGGCCCCGUGGAGAUUAACCCCAGACUCUACAGGACCACGGCCACUUUGAGGACCGCCAACAACCGGGAGAAAAGACAGCGAGUGGGAGGGAUUAAAUGCAGAGUCGAGCACCUUUCCCUGCACGAGCCCAUUGAGAGACUUUGGAGAAAUAUUGACAUUGUUGCUCCCAGCAUCCCUUCAUCCAUUUCGGUGUGUUGGAGCAGCGAAGGGGUGGGUGUAUUCUCUCUCCUGUUGAAGGGGGGUCACCCCAAGGUCAAGUUACUGUGGACGGCGGGCGGGACCACACUCUCGCCGCUCGAGUCCAGCGAGACGGAGGAGAUGGGAGAUGACGGGCAGAGGGAGCUGAAAAGUGUGUGCGCGCUCGAGAGGUCCGCGCAAGCGCUGAGUCGGAGUAACAAACGGAGGAACAGACGUGGAAUAAAAACCAAAGCGGCUGUUACAGACCCGGACACCGAAGGGAUAGCGUACAUUGACGAGAAAUUGGACGGCGAGAACAACAACAACGAGGAAAAAGACGAAGAAACCAAGUCAUCAGAUGGGCACGACGGCAGUGAUGAUGAUGAUGAUGAUGAUGAUGAUGAUGAUGAUGAUGAUGAGCGAGAGGACGCCUCCGGAGCGUUGUACAUCAACAGAGUUAAUUUGACGAAGGGGAGCAGGGAAAGCGAGAGGGCUCGUUUGAGAGUUGUUGUGGAGCUCCAACACCCUGCACUCAAACUUCCUGUUUACAGAAGCUGGACAGAGCCCAAUGAAGAAAUAUCUUCCAUGUGAAAUUCCUGAUGUUACAAGUAAAAGCAUUAUUAUAUCCCAAUAAAAAAAUAUUUUAUGCACUUUUUAGUAAGUACAAUUUUGUGUAGUUUUUGUAUUUGUCAUUAAGAACGGUGUUGCUACUAGUAGUUUAGGUGUUUAUUUAUUGUUUCCUACAAAAACAAUCCCAUGAUGUGAAGUGUUUUCAAAAUCAGCAAAUAAAAUCUUAAUUUUA